CGUCAAAAUUGAACGAAUGGCGGCUAAGUGACAGUUCACAAACAGCUUUAUCUGUCGGUAAUUUCGUCGUGUGUUUUGGUUUCAGAUUCAAUUUAAAAUGUUGUAAAUCGCGCAACCAAUGUAAAUAAAAACAGAAACCUGACGGUGUUACUUAGUUUUCGUCAAUUCACUUUGGAGUUCGUGGCUGCGCCGCGCCGAAGUUUUUCUACUACUCUGAGGUGGAAUUUUAGCAAUGAGAAAAGUUGGUAAGCAAUCCGGUCUGAAGCGGAGCUUCCCUAAACCGCCUUCAGAUGGACCAGCUGUGACAACAAAUCUGGAGAAGCGGACACAAGAAAAAAUCCAAACUAUGUCGAAUAACGACACGCUAACUAUGGAUUUUGUACUUAAAAAUCGAAAACUUCUCGAGCAUUUGAAGAAAUGCAAAGUUUUCCUCUCCAAAUCAAUGAGAAAAAAUUUGUUCAAGAAAUAUGCAGCUCUAAGCAAACCUACAAAUAAGAAAUUCAAACACAACAACGUAAAGAGUAUAUCCAAAGGGAAGUCGAAGGGCCAAAAAACAGGGGCAUUACCACAAAAUGGCGAAGUUUUGAAACUAUCUCUACUCACCGAAGACGUCCCUCCAGUUGCUCCUUCGCCACCAAAUUUAAGACCCAACAGGGUAAUCAUUGCUACGCCUCAAAGUCCAAAAUCACCUAAGAACAACUUGACGCCACAAACAUCCAAACCACAGAAACAAAAUACAACGCCACAAGGCAGAAAUGUACAAAGUCCUGGCCCCAUUUUCAUACGCCUACCACCGAAAAAUAGCAAACGAGCAAUACACAAAAGACGGGUCAACUCAAAAUCUAUAGACAAAACGAAGCUGAUAAAAAAAUUUGGUAAAAUUGUUUUCAAGUGCCACGUUCGAGUAAGACGUUUAAAAAGAUCAGAUCCGCUCUUCACAAAGAAAUUUAAGAAAAAUCGGAAAACAGUUUCGUUUAUGGAAACUGUCGAAGUAUUUGGAGAAUCCGAUGUGGAAUAUGAAAGUGAUCAAAGUGCCGAGUUAACCAACUGCAGCGUGGGUGGUGAAGUGUCGCGUACAAGUACACCAAUCAAAACAGGACAAAAACAAAGCAAACAGGAAAAACAGAAUAAACUGAAGCCUUCAGAUAAUAAAGAAAGGGCGAAAUCGAACAAGGUUCAAAAAGAUAAAACUGUCCUAUCUCCUAGGGCUGGCCAGUCAAAUAAAGUGGCCAGUCCCAGCAAAAAGGAUCAGCAAAUCAAGAAAACUCAACCGAACCAAAAGAGCCCAUUAGCGCGAAGCAGCCCACAAACGAAGAAGAAUCAAGAGGCAAAGAAGAGCCCUCCAAAAGCCAAGAGCUCACCAAGUAAAGAAAAACAGUCACCGAAACAGAAAUCUCCGAAAAAACAAAAGAGUCCCAAAAAGGAAUCAACAAGAGAGACUGGAUUGAGUCUUAUCGAAGGAAAGGAAUGUUUUGUUAAGCUGAAUAGAAGUUCUACGAGUUUACUCAAUCUGAGUGCAACAAGCAAAGAGAUUACCGAAGGUAAUGAGGUCAGCAAUAAUGAAACAGAAUUGAAGGAAGGAUUGAGUAGAAGCGAACCGAUUGAGAAUGGCGAGGGGCCGAAUGAAAGACUCGAUGAACCGAUGGAUCAAGAUGCUGACACGACUGAAGUAAAGGUACAGGAUGAGCAUCUGAAUGAAGACGUAGAAAUGAAAGAUGAAGAAGAAACUCGGAAUGAAAGUGAGACCCGAGGGAAUGAAUGUGAUCAAAACAAGGGUGAACUUGCAGACUUAGGAAACGAAACUAUCGACUCCAAGGAAGCAAAUGAAACUGGGGAUGUCGACAUUGAUGCGAAAGACGAAAGUGCGGUGAAUGAGGAAUCUAAGGCAACAAAAGACGAUGACGAUAAAGAUGAAGAUGGUAGAAAAGAUAAUAAAGAUAAAAAUAACGAAGACAACGACAAUGAUGAUGAUGCCGAUAAUGACGAUGAUGUCAUCAACAGUAGUGAAGAAGUAAAUAACGCCCAUGAUGAUGACAAUGAACUCAAAAAUGCUGAAACCAAUGAAAAAUCUGCAGAUCAAAUGAACGGAAAAAAUGUUUCUAAUAUUUCCGUAUCAACAAGUAAUAACGAAAGUUUUCACAGCGCCUGCGAUGACAAAUCUGAUAACAAAAUCGCGAAUGAAACCGAUACAGAUCACGACGCAGAGCCUAAACGAAAUAGAUCCGAAAGUAGAGUAUCGACACCGGUCCAAAAACUUGAAAAAAGUGACAGAAAAGAGCGAAGAGCUGUCAGUGUGUCUCCCAUUUUAUUACCAUCAAAGACAAACGGUACAAAUAAGAAAAAUUCUUCACCCAUGACAUUGCCAACAAACCCGGAUGAUCUUUUCGAUUUACUGAAAUCCAACAACUUACCUGAACCAUCGGGAGCAACUCGUCACACGCCAUCGCCAACAAGAGGCCUUUCCGACGACGAGGAUGAAGCUGAUGCAACAGCAGAAGUAGAAAAAUCAAAUCCAUCCCCUGUUCCAGAUCUACAUGAUGAAUCGGGCUCAGCCAAUGAUUCCAGAUUUUCGCUGAACACUUUUUUCAAAUCGAUGAAGGAUAAGUUAAUUUCUAAACAAUCGGGAAAUGAUAGUCCCAGUCGAUCAUCGCCGAAAGAGGAUGAUGAUUUGAGUGUAAAAAAUGCAGAUGGCAAUUUAGACAGCCCCACAGCACAGGAGAUUACUACGCAGUAAGCUUGGCAAACAGUCUUUUUUACCCUUUUAAUUUCGAGGAUAUCUAGAUUUAAUGGCUAUUGUAUAAUUUAUUGGCAAUCAUUUUUGUCCAUUUCGAGAAAGAUGGUGUUGUUAGUUGGACUUAAAUUCAACCGUUAUGUAUGAUUCGUAGGAAAUUAUAGUCGGGCGGUGUUUUCUCAGAAAAGAAACAAGAUAUGAAUUGAAAAUAUGGAUCACGACUUUUAAGCGACAAGCAUUCCCAGGCGAGAAAUAUAUUUAAUGAUCUUGGGACAAAAUUCGAGGGAAUGGUAAACAUCUGACUAGAAAAGUGCAAAUAUUUUCCUUUUGGUGUAUCGUAUGCACUUGCAUUCAUUCACUUGUUGAGAAAACGCCAGUCCUUAAACUCAAUUUCGCACCAACUACAAUAUUAUCUCCUAUGGGUGCUAAUUUAUCUAAAAUCUAAAACUCGACAGGGAGAUUUAAACAUUUUUCUGUCCGAGAAGUUUUUAAAAAUAUUGUUUUUCGCGCCGUAUACAUUGUAUAAAUGUAUGUUGGAAGAUGUCUAAUUGUGACUUCGAUAUUUUCAACUCAUAUCAUUGUUAAGGAUACGUGUUUGUUAUACCAUAUAAAACGAUGUCUUUCUUGUUUAUUUAAUGCAAAAAUCAUCAGAACGAUCCAAGUUUCCAUGUUAAGUUUAAAAGUGUUUCCCUCAUGGUUUUUGCCGCGUUUUAAACAUGAUCGCAUAAAAACAAAAUCUAAUUUUCAUGUACAAAGUUUUUAAAGUAUAUAGCAACUACUACACUAGUACUACUACGUAUUAUUAUAAAUAAACAUUGAAAUAAACAUCCCAUUGCAAAAAAAUACAAUACACACAGUAAUACAUUGUCUCCUUUUUAGUGAAAGCAAGAUAAUUUAAAUAAUAAAGAGAACAAGGAAAAAAUUUGAAA